AUGUCGGCCAGGCAUCCUGCCGCCGGCGACGGUGACAGAACGGACGGCGAAAUGGGAGAUGUGCUGGUAGAGGAAAAUCAAAUGAACUGCAUUCAUCUGCCCAGCCUUAUGACAUCAUCCAAUAUGGUUGGCAUGUCUUUGAGCAUGGAGCUGCCCCGGAAGCGAAAGGGCAGUGUGGACAACCAGGAAACACGAUUGGCCCCCAUCACCAAUGCAGAUAUGGAAGAGGACCAAAACGACUCAGAUGGAGAGGACCAGCAAGCCAAAAUGAAAUGUUUCAGAGAACCACACAGCCAAAUUGAAAAGAGAAGACGGGACAAAAUGAACACUCUGAUUGACAAGCUGUCAGACAUGAUUCCAACUUGUAACCCAAUGUCUCGGAAGCUAGACAAACUGACUGUGCUCAGAAUGGCUGUGCAGCACCUCAAAUCCCUUAGAGGUUCUGCAAUCUCCUUUUCUGACACCAACUACAAACCGUCAUUCCUGCCUGAUGAGGAACUCAAACACCUUAUUUUGAAGGCUGCAGAUGGGUUCCUGUUUGUAGUCGGCUGUGAUCGUGGGAAAAUUGUUUUUGUCUCUGAGUCCAUCACGAAGAUAUUAAAUUAUAGUCGGGUAGAACUGAUUGGACAGAGCUUAUUUGAUUAUGUCCACCCGAAAGACAUUGGCAAAGUGAAGGAGCAGCUCUCAGCCUCUGAACUGUACCCACGGGAACGGCUCAUAGAUGCGAAAACUGGUUUGCAGGUCCAGGCUGAACUCCCAGUCGGCGCAGCACGACUGUGUUCAGGUGCACGGCGUUCCUUCUUCUGCCGCAUGAAGUGCAACAAAAACUCAGUCAAAGUUGAGGAGAAUGAAUUUCAGGCCAGCACUUCCAAAAAGAAAGAGUCACAGAAGUACUGUACAGUCCACUGUACAGGCUACAUGCGCAGCUGGAACUCCAGCCAGCUGGAAGCAGGGGGCGAGGGUGAUGCAGAUAAGCAGGAUAGUUCUCUCUUCAGCUGCCUGGUGGCCGUAGGGCGCAUACACUCUCACUCAUCCCCCCAUGUUAAUGGAGAUUUCCGGGUCAAGCCCACAGAGUUCAUCACACGCUAUACCAUGGAUGGCAAGUUCACCUUUGUUGAUCAAAGAGCAACAGCCAUUCUUGGUUACCUUCCCCAAGAAUUGCUUGGAACUUCAUGCUAUGAGUACUUCCAUCAAGACGACUUACCGCAUUUAGCCGACCGUCAUCGAAAAGUGCUGCGGAGUAAAGAGAAAAUAGAAACAAACAGCUACAAAUUCAAAACAAAGUAUGGCUCCUUUGUCACUCUGCAAAGUCAGUGGUUUAGUUUUGUAAACCCCUGGACCAAAGAAGUUGAAUAUAUUGUGUCAACAAAUACAGUCAUGUAUAAUCACAGUAAAACAAGUCGGUCAGGGAAGACUGAACAGUCUUCUAAGACUUUAGAAGACAAUGGAAAGAAAUCUCUUCCAGUAAUACCAGGCAUCUCCACAACUCCGGGAACAAUGAUAUAUGCUGGAACCAUCGGGACCCAGAUUGCCAAUGAGCUGCUUGACUUUAACAGAAUGAACUCAUCACCCUCCAGUGGUAAUGUGAGCCCAUUUAGUCUGCCGCUGGACAAAUCUCCACUCACAACAACUCACAACCAACUGCCAAAUGGGAGUGCUACAGAGAUGGAGAUGCCAGAGAAUUCCAGCUCAGAGGAGGAACCCCAGGGAGCUCUAUUUCGUAGAGGGGAGACACUGAUGGGGGACAACUCACAGUUAGACCUGGAUAGUGUGGUUGAACCAGGCAUCGGUGGUCUCAGCAAUGAUGAAGCAGCAAUGGCAGUGAUCAUGAGACUCUUGGAAACAGACUCAAACUUGGGUGAAGGCGAGGACUUUGAGGAGAUGCACUGGUCUUUAUGA